AUGAGCUGUGAUGGCACCUGUGAUAACUCCUGGGCUGUGAUGGCACCUGAGAUACCUCCUGUGCUUAUUGUUAUAUGUUAUUUAGGUCCCGACGGUGAGCACCACUGGUCCAAGCACUACCCAUUCUGUGGCGGAACAUUCCAGUCACCUAUAGACAUCCAGACCCAGCUGCUGAGGUUUGACCCCACACUACGUCCAAUCGAGCUCCAGAACUACAACCUCUCAGCCAAUGAGCAGCUGACCCUCGGGAACAAUGGACACUCCAUUCAGCUGUCCCUACCCAGGAGGAUGUAUCUGUCCAGCCUGCCUCACCGUUACACUGCUGCUCAACUCCACUUCCACUGGGGCUCAGAACACCUGCCUGUCGGAUCAGAACACACCGUCAAUGGCAGACAGUUUGCUGCCGAGAUGCAUAUGGUGCUCUUCAACUCAGACAAGUACCCCAACAUCUCUGUGGCAGCAGACAAGUCAGACGGCCUGGCUGUACUGGGAGUUCUGAUAGAGGUCGGGGAAUUCAACCCAGCGUUCGCUCAGUUCCUCAAGUACAUCAAUGGUAUUAAAUACAAAGAUCAGAGGGUGCAGGUCCCAGCCUUCAACAUCCGCAGUCUGCUGCCUGUACUCUUGGAUGAAUACUACCGUUAUGAUGGCUCGUUGACCACUCCCCCCUGCUAUCCCAGCGUGCUUUGGACUGUGUUCAAAAACCCUGUCACCAUCUCACUCAAACAGUUUCUGGCCCUAGCAACGGCCAUCUACUCCUCCCACCAACAGGAGUCUGCCCCAGUGGCCAUGAACAGCAACUACAGGAAACCACAGUACACGGACAACAGAGUUGUGCUCUGCUCUUUCCAGGGGGGCAGAGGACUACAGGGUGCUACUCAGACGGUCACCUCCCCCUUCCUGAGGAGGCAGGUCAUCAACCAGCUGUUAGAUGGAGACCUGGCAGACCUGGCAGACCAGGAUGGGCUCAACCAGUUGUUAGAUGGAGAUCUGGCAGACCAGGAUGGGCUUAACCAGUUGUUAGAUGGAGAUCUGGCAGACCAGGAUGGGCUCAACCAGCUGUUUCCCAAGAAGCCCAGAGCACCGGGCAAGAAAUGGAAUGACCUCAAAAACUACCAGAAAGGCUGGACCCAGAGCCAUAUUGGGUCCAAGCACUACCAGAACACCGGGUCUCAGACCCAGAACAGCCUCCAGCAGCAGCGGUCGAAGCCCAAUAAGGUGCCAUCCGGGGGGGCAGGAGCUGCCAGAUUAGUCCCAUCUCCCUGGAAGAACCAACAGAACAGGCAACCUGUGUGGAAGUCAGGUCUGAGCGAGGACAUGCUGUGUUACGUCUCCUUGGAGCAGGACGUGUCUCGCCAGCUGAGCAGAGGGAGAUCCCCUACCCAUACAGACACCCAGCUGGUCCAGGCUCUCAGAGAAACUCUGUUCCCAGAGCUCAACCUGCGCAGCUACCUGGGCUGUAAGUCUGACCUGGCUCUGUUCACCAUCAGACAGCUCCUCCGGGGGAGAUCAGCCACAGAUGAGGCCCUGGAGCUGGACCAGGCCAUUGUCAAGGCCUUGGGGGGGACAGGGCAGAGGGGCUCCACAGCACAGCAGCAGACCAAAACUCUCUCCAAGCACCAAACAGGCUUCGCUCCUGCCCCUGCUGCCAUGCCUAAGAAACCCAAUCAGCCAAUCCCAUGGCUCCAGCCUAUGGAGUGGGAGGACUAGAGUCCAGCCAGAUGUGUAACCUUUAGACCCUGAAUCUAUAACGAGUGU